GUAAUAUCCAAGCCAAAUAGCUUCUAUUCCCGAUGUCGUCAACCAACACUUUUGACUCCAUUUCCACGUCUAAGGUCACAGACAAGUUAAGAGACACUCAGUACGUGCUGGAAAAUGCCCCUCUCCCAAAGGAAAUCCCCCACGUGAAGGAGAUAGGAGCCACCACGGGACCUCUGGUCAGUGCCUCGUUUUUCAUCGGCGACAGAUGCAAAGAGUACAAUGACGACUUUAUGAAGUGCCACCAGGAAAAUGGCAAGAAUGGUACCAUCAACUGCUUGACAGAGGGCCGCAGAGUGACGAGAUGCGCGGCCAGCGUGAUCCGCGAUCUGAACACCCAUUGCAAGAAGGAGUUCGAGCUGCAUUUCCAGUGUUUGAACUAUUCCAACAUGGAGCUCAAAAACUGUAGAAAAGCUGAGUGGCUUCUCAACAAUUGCGUGUUCAAGAACCUGAACCUGCAGAAACGCAUUCCGGAUGACGGGAAUAGAGAGGUUUUCAAGCCAGGCAACCAGAUUUACGAGCCGUUGGCGCCUCACCCUGCAAGCGAAAGCGCAUACCACAAGGCCACUCAUGGAUGAGGGCGCUGUGUCUGUCAGACGUAGCCACUAUUUAUUUAUCAUUCAAGCACUCUGUGUAAACGUCAGCACCCUUGCACCGCUUCACUUAUCGACAAAAUUGUCGUUUGUGUUAGACGGCUCGUGUGAGCGAAAUGCACCCCACGUGGCUGUUACCCGGCUAUCAAUGAUCGCUCGACGGUGGAAUGGGCAACGAUGCACCCGGCAGGCAACGUUCCCGCACGUCCUGCUUCCCUUUAGAGAACCUAGCUUGCAUUUCCGUUUGCCGUUUACGAGCACCGCAUUGUUAUAUUUCGUAGGGGCUUCUCAGAGCAAAUCCAGUUUUAUAAAAUAUUUGUUAG